UUAGAUUCCAACCACCAUUCAAUUUCUAUUCAGAGAGAUAACAAACUUCAGAAACUUCUAGACCCUUUUUUUUUACCUUCCGGCGAAUCCUAAUCAUGAUAUCUGUUGUAAUCAUUACUGAGUUACUGGUGGAGUACACGACGGCUCUUGCUAAACUCACUGCCGGGGUUCUUCCGAGACGACAAGGCGACAGGAAUGUUCUACGUAUUGGUGGUUUCUCUCUGCCUUGUCCUCCUAGAUCCUCACCUGUUCCAGACUUUUCUUCUCAUCUCGUCGAUUUCUGAUCUCUGCGCUACGCUUGAUCUAAAUUUUGUUUUUUCACCGGAGAUUCUGGCGGCCGAGACUUUUUUCUGGGCGUCUGAUCUGAUCUCUCCGUCUGUAGAAUAUUUUUCUGGAUUUUGAAUGGCUCAGAGUUUGUAAAAUAUGUAUCGAGUUAUAAUAGAAACUAUGAUUAACUCUUUAAUCUUC